GUUCCGUGACGACCACCGUCCUAGCUGGUUCCUGCUGCUUCUAUGUUACUGCUAAACGCUUUAACGCGCAGAUUAAGGCCUCAGAGGAAUACCGGGAGCACAGCACCCAUAAGACACACAGAGCCAAGAAGACUAGGCAAAAACAGGAGCAACACGUUGUAAAGCAACACAGUUCCACUGUCCAAGAGAGUUCUAGUGUAUCGAAGAAGAAUUUCAACCUUAUUCGACUGAACAACAUCCCCUUACCGUCGCCAGGUGGCACUGUUACAUCCGAAGUGAAAAUGCCAAGCGGGAACAUGGACAAGCCAGUAAUCGAAGAUAAUCACGAUGGUACAGUGUCUCUGAGGUACGAUCCUAAAGAGGAAGGACAACAUGAAAUUUCGGUGAAGUUCAAUGGCGAACAUGUUCAAGGUUCACCGUUCAAAUUCCACGUGGACUCCUUAGCAAGCGGUUAUGUGACAGCAUAUGGUCCAGGCUUGAUAUAUGGGGUUUGCGGCGAGCCCGGAAACUUCACCAUUUCCACAAAAGGCGCAGGAGCUGGUGGCCUAUCACUAGCCGUUGAAGGACCUGGCAAAGCUGAGAUCUCCUUUUACGACAAUAAGGAUGGCACAAUUUCAGUUUCGUACUUACCGACUGCCCCAGGAGAAUAUAAAAUCAGUGUUAAAUUCGGUGAUAAACACAUCCGGGGUAGCCCAUACGUUGCUAAAAUCACAGGUGAGGGUCGGAAAAGGAAUCAAAUCUCAGUCGGUUCAUCCAGUGAAGUCCAAUUACCUGGUAAAGUGACAGAUUCCGACGUAAGGUCCCUAAAUGCAUCCAUCACGGCACCUAGCGGACUCGAGGAACCGUGUUUCUUAAAAAUGCUACCAAACGGUAACAUGUGCGUUUCCUUCACUCCGCGAGAGGCUGGCGAACAUACAGUCGCGGUGAAGAAAAUGGGCAAACAUAUCCAGAACUCGCCAUUCAAGAUUGACGUAAAAGAUCGCGAAGUCGGCGACGCGAAAAAGGUAAAAGUGUCUGGUGCUGGCUUAAAGGAAGGUAAAACUCACGUAGAGAACACGUUCUCCAUCGACACGAGGAACGCCGGUUUCGGUGGUCUUUCCUUGUCACUGGAAGGACCAAGUAAAGCAGAGAUUCAGUGCAAAGACAACGAGGAUGGCACGCUAAAUAUCUCGUACAAGCCAACAGAGCCUGGCUACUACAUUAUAAACUUGAAAUUCGCCGACCAUCACGUGGAAGGUUCGCCAUUCACAGUGAAAGUGACUGGAGAGGGUAGUAAUCGUCAGAGAGAGAAGAUCCAAAGGCAGAGGGAAGCUGUACCAAUCACAGAAGUUGGCAGUCAAUGUAAACUAACGUUUAAGAUGCCUGGUAUCACCUCGUUUGAUCUUGCCGCGACAGUCACCUCCCCAGGAGGAGUAACCGAGGACGCAGAGAUCAAGGAAGUCGAAGAUGGUCUGUACGCGGUGGCGUUCGUACCGAAAGAACUUGGGGUGCACACGGUCUCCGUUCGUUACAAGGAGAUGCAUAUCCCUGGAUCACCCUUCCAAUUCACCGUUGGUCCAUUGAGGGAUGGUGGUGCACAUAGAGUACAUGCUGGUGGUCCUGGUUUAGAGAGAGGAGAACAGGGUGAACCAUGUGAAUUCAAUAUCUGGACCAGAGAGGCUGGAGCUGGUACCCUUGCUGUGUCUGUGGAAGGACCUAGUAAGGCUCAGAUUGACUUCAAAGAUAGGAAGGAUGGCAGUUGUUACGUUAGCUACGUCGUUUCUGAACCUGGCGAAUACAGGGUAGGAAUAAAGUUCAACGAUCAACAUAUUCCCGAUUCCCCGCACAAGGUUUACGUAUCACCGGCGAUGGGCGAUGCUCAUAAGCUCGAAGUGGCGCAAUUUCCGGAAUCCGGCGUGCAACCCGACAAGCCAGCCACUUUCCUUGUUCGCAAAAAUGGUGCCAAGGGUGAACUUGAUGCGAAGAUUGUCUCUCCCAGCGGUGUUGAAGAUGAUUGCUUCAUUCAAGGCAUCGAUCCUGAUACUUAUUCGGUACGAUUUAUGGCGCGAGAAAAUGGUAUUCAUAAUAUCCAUGUAAAGUUCAAUGGAGUUCAUAUACCGGGUAGUCCGUACCGUAUUAAAGCCGGUAAAGUAGAUGCCGAUCCAGCCGCGCUACAAGCUUAUGGUAACGGUUUAAAAGAGAUUAAAACCGGCCAAAAGACAGAUUUUAUCAUUGAUACCUGCAAUGCUGGAAGUGGCGCAUUGAAUGUAACUGUUGAUGGACCGAGCAAAGUUGCAAUGGACUGUACGGAAGUUGAAGAGGGCUACAAAGUUAGGUACACACCAUUGGUACCUGGUGAUUAUUACAUAAGCAUCAAAUACAAUGGAUAUCACAUUGUAGGUUCACCAUUCAAAGUUCCUUGUACUGGUGCGGAUCUUGCAGAGAGAGGCGCUCAAGAAACAAGUUCAAUUGUAGUUGAAACUGUUCAAAAAAUUUCAAAAGCGAAACAAACCGGACCAAUUUUACCUCUUUUCAAAUCAGAUGCUAGCAAGAUUACAAGCAAAGGAAUGGGUCUGAAAAAGGCAUACCUGGGCAAACAAAAUCAAUUUAUCGUAAACGCUAGUGAUGCCGGUAACAAUAUCCUGUAUGUUGGUGUAUAUGGACCUAAAGGACCAUGCGAUGAGGUCUUUGUGAAGCACACAGGUCGCAAUAAUUACAAUGUGAGCUAUUUGGCUCGUGAAAGAGGAGAAUAUAUUGUCAUUGUAAAAUGGGGUGAUGAACAUAUCCCUGGGUCGCCAUACAAAGUCGAAGUAUAAAUAAACGUGUCUUAAACGGAAAGAAUAAGCUGAAAAUACGAUUCUAACAAAACUCUGCGAUAACGUAACGAUACGAAGCAAAGUUAUCGCAGAGUUUUAUUGGGAUCGUAUUUUCAGCUUGUUCUUAUAUAAUAUAAUUUAAGCUACUUAGCUUCGCCCUUCAAUAAUAUAGAUAUUAUUGAAUCCGAAAUGAUAAACAAAAGUGAAAAUAAUAUGAACGCGUUAAGUCACGAUAGCAAAAAAGUCAAUUAUUGUUAUUUGUGAAAUAAGAGAGACUACUUUUAUUUGAGGAAUAAGAAACACCAAUUAUGCCUUAUAUUCUAGUUUGAGAUACUUGUCCUACUGAAGUGCGUUCUAUACAUGCAUAU